AAAAUGAUGAUGGAAAAUGCACAACGUGAAAUUGAGGAACGUAAAAGAAAACUGGAGAACAUAAGAUUGAACAAAAUAACAAAUGUGCCGGCGUCAGCAGUAGCGGCAGCUGUUGCAGUGAAUGCAAAAAUUUCAGCAACGGUAGCACAAACUCCUGUUGGCAGUAAUGAUAUUAAAAAAAUGACCAUUAGCGAGCCGCUUGGUAAACCGGAACAGCUUAUUUCCGACAUCGAAAGGUCCAAAAAAAUAGCUCAACUGCAAGAACAAAUUCGUGCCAAACUAUCGGGCACAUUGGCUAAUGUUUUACCUCAGCAUCUUCCAGCACCAGACAAGCCGAAGCCGCUUAUUCUAGACGCCGAGGGGCGUACAGUUGAUGGCAGUGGUCGUGCUAUUGUUGUACCUCAACUAACUCCAACAUUGAAGGCAAACAUAAGAGCCAAAAAACGGGAACAUACGAAAAAUCAAUUGGCUGCGGAUCGUGUACACAGCGAGGAGUUGGGAGAAACGCACUUCCACGAUGAUCGUAUCACACUGAAGCCGGCUGUUCGAAGUAAACGUUCAUUGCGCUUUCAUGAACCGGGAAAAUUUCAACAGCUCGCUGAACGGAUGCGCAUGAAGGCUCAACUGGAAAAACUACAGAAUGAAAUAUCGCAGAUUGCGCGUAAAACAGGAAUAAGCUCCGCUACAAAGUUAGCGUUAAUUGCCCCCAAGGCGGAUACACAUACUAAUGAUGUUCCUCAAAUGGAAUGGUGGGAUUCGGUCAUAUUGACGGACGAUUUGAAUAUGUUGGAUACUAAAGGAAGUAUUUCUAUCAGGGAGUCAUCUAUCACAAAUCUUAUUGAGCAUCCUACACAAAUGCGACCACCGAACGAGUCAUCUCGGGCCGUUUAUCUUCCAGUAUUUCUGACUAAAAAGGAAAGACGGAAGCUGCGCCGUCAAAAUCGUCGUGAGGCUUGGAAAGAAGAACAGGAAAAAAUACGCCUUGGCCUGGAAGCACCACCGGAGCCGAAAUUAAGAAUUUCAAAUUUGAUGCGAGUUUUAGGCACAGAAGCUGUUCAAGAUCCUACAAAAAUUGAAGCUCAUGUACGUGAGCAAAUGAUAAAACGGCAAAAGAUACACGAGGAAGCAAAUGCCGCUCGUAAGUUGACAGACGAUCAGCGUCGGGAGAAAAAAAAUCGUAAAAUGAAGGAAGAUACUACGCUGGGAGUACAUGUUUCGGUAUAUCGCAUUCGAGAAUUGCAAGAUCAACAAAGUAAAAAGUUCAAAGUAGAAACAAACGCAAAGCAACUUUUUCUAACUGGCGCUUGUGUACUUUUCCGAGAUUGCUGCGUUGUUGUUGUGGAGGGUGGACCUAAACAACAGAAGAAAUAUCGCAGACUCAUGCUUCACCGAAUUAAAUGGGAAGAGGAUUUAGUUAAAAAUGCAGAUGGUGUUGAAAUACCUAACUCUUGCGUUCUCGUCUGGGAAGGAAUGAACCAACGCAGAAGCUUUGGAGAGUUUAAAUAUAAAUCUUUUCCGUUAGAGAAAAGUGCCAGAGAUUUUUUUCAGAAGCAUCAUGUUGAGCAUUACUGGGAUUUAGCAUACUCCGGAGCAGUUUUGGAAGCUUCUGAGGAUGCUUAA